AAAACAUUCCGCAUGGCCCACGCGGCAGCCCGGUCAUGGGCCUUGGCAGCUCUGGCGGCUCUCCUGUGUGGAAGCAACGCCUUUGUGUCAGAGUGGCGUGCGCCGAAAAGAUGUACCCAGAUCCUCAGGAGAGGUAUCUCCCCCCGUGGAGCUCCCAGCGGUCGACCCACACCUUUGGUGGUGCCGAAGAAGGAGGGACCGCAGUGGUGGGAUGCCCGGAACUCCGCCUCACCGGUGGUGAAGCCUCCAACGGAGCCCAAUGGUCAGUGGAGAAUGUGGUACUAUGGCCGUGCAGGUACCGAGUGGGCCAAGGGUCUCAAGGCCUUUCUACCCACAGGGCGUAUUGGUUGCGCCACAUCCAGCGAUGGUCUCAAGUGGCGCAGAUGUAAAGGCCCCUUGGAGGGUGGUGCAGUCUUGGAUCCCUCUGAAGAUGCCUUUGACUCCGUGCACGUUGGGGUGGGUGAUGUCGUGCAGUUGCCAAAUGGCACACUUUGGAUGUACUAUUUUGGAGGGGGCCUCGAUGGUUUGCCAAACCAGGGCAUUCGCAUGCAGAUUGGCUUAGCCACAUCGGAGGAUGGGCUCAAAUGGCAGCGCGCGGAGGGAGGGCAGCCGGUGCUUUCACCGGGAGACGAGGAGGACUUUGACGCCCUCUUCGUGGCAUGGCCACGAGUUCUACCUCCAUGGCUGACCAAAGGAGUCAAAGGAAUUCCAAAGAAUCAGUGGUACAUGUCCUACCACACGGCGAAGUUCGAGUCAACGGGCUUACGCUGGACAGCAGGUGCUGCAUUUAGCCCGGAUGGCAUUCACUGGAAGAAGGCGGGCCCUGUGUUGGGUCCCAGCAGCAGUGGCUCUUGGGAUUCUUGCGGCGUCGGGGUACGUCACUUGGUGGUGAAGGAGAAUGCCCUCACCAUGCUUUACGAGGCUGUGGAUGACAGGGGCGACCAUGCUUGUGGUCUGGCCUACAGUGAGGAUGGCGUUGUGUGGCAGCGGCAGGUUUCAAGCGCUUCUGUAAACGACGUAGAGGACGUUCCUGGGCGUGCUGCUGGUGGGCCAAUUCUACAGAAGGGCGAGGAUGGAGAUUGGGACAGUCGCGUGGUGGGAACUCCUUAUUUGGUUCCUCCGCUGGGAGAUGUUUGGGGCCCCCAGUGA